AUCGCGUUGAGGAUCUCACUUCACGAGAGUUGAUACGGUCCUCGAAAGGAAAGUGCGACCGCACUGUAACGCUAUAUGGCUACCUUCGCGGCACAAAUUUGCGUCUCGGAACAAAGGUACACAUCCCCGGUGUUGGUGAUCUAGACUUAAAGAGUAUAUCGGUUCUGGGCGAUCCCUGUCCUUUACCUGAUGCUGACUCAGAGAAGAGGAGAAAAUUGAGUGAAAAGCAGAAGCUUCUCGUGCAUGCUCCAAUGAGCGAUGUAGGUGGUGUCGUGUUUGAUAAAGACUCUGUUUGGAUCAACGUUCCUGGUAGCUUUACACGUGGUAACACCGAUAUUCCCCAAGGUGAAGGGGAGCAAAUGGUGAUGGACCUUCAAGACGUUGACGCUACGCUUGAAGACAACAUCGCACGCGGCAGUAUCCGACUCUUUGGGUCCUCAUCCAAUCCUAUCUCGGUUGACCCAAUACUUGAACAUAACGAGGAAGAGGGAGUUGGCAGCGACGAGGAAGAUUCUGAGUUGGACGAUAUAGAUUCAGGAGGGAGUGAGCAUUCCUCGGAUGAAGAUGACGUGACUCAGGAUGACGAUGACGAUGACGAAGGGGAAGAUGAGGCUGGGAUGUUGGCCCAUGGGGGCACUGAGAAUCAUGGUCGGUCGACCCUCCGCAAAGUUGCUCGACCGAUACGGCAUAGAUCAUCAAAUAGGCGUGAUGCUAAUACCGUGGAGUUUGCCGACAGCGACUCUGAAUUAGGACACGACGAUGAUCACCGUGACGGGUCAAUCGGGGGGGUGGUUCGCGUAGAUAACGAACAAUGGGAUGCUCCAAGUGAUACCGAUGGCGACGAAAAGCCCUUCGAUGAAGAAGCUCCUGCAUGGAAGUCGAAUCUUUCGGUCAAGGCCAGCGAAUUCUUCCAACUUCAUUCCCAUAAGCAAAAAAAAGACUGGAUGGCCCUGAUAUAUUCUAGUAAACUGUCUCCCCAUCAGAUUGUCACCAGCGGCGUUGAUGCAUCAUCUGCCAUCAGCAAACUCGAUGAUGGAGAUGAUUUUUUCAGUAUACGAGAAGCCAACCACGUACCUGGUGAUUCUCUGGAUAUGUCUAAGGAGCUUCUGGAGGAUCUUUCGAAUUGGGCGGAUACGGCGCUCCUAGACUCAAUACGUAGCCUGUUCAUCACUGGAGAGAAGAGUGGGUCUACAGGAGACAAUCCAGCCGAACAAUAUGAAGAUAUAGAUGGUGGCGAUUUUGAGGACCUAGAAGCGAACGCAUCUCUUCCUGAUGUUGCUGGACAAGAUCACUCUGCAAAGAAAGAGGAGCUAAAGCGCAAGUUCAACGAGCAAUACGACGAUCCCGAGGCUACAAAAAUGGAUUUUUACGACGAAAAAAAAGAAGAGAUGAAUCGACAGCUUCAGUUAAAUCGCGUAGAAUUUGAAAACGUUAGCACGGAGACUCGAGCGCUUGUGGAGGGUUAUCGCCCUGGUACCUACUUACGCCUAGAGCUCACACAGGUGCCAUGCGAAAUGAUUGAACAUUUUGAUCCUAUGUAUCCCAUCGUG